UUCCAAAUAUCGAAAAUAACGAUACAGCACAAUCUCAAAAAGGUCAAACAGAAUUGAUCAUUCUACUUAAAUUAGGAACCUUGUAUGAACCUUCCGCACGUCCUUCAGAUUUAGAAGUACAAUUGAAAUUAAGAGAACUUUAUGAACAGUUUCAGGAAAAUUCUCCUCAGAUACGUCCUAAGGAUCCUCAUUGUGAUAUUGAAAUCCCAGAUAUAGAAUUAACAGAAUCACAGAUUGAAAUGCCUU